AUGUAUUUACCAGUUUUUCUUACUCUAAUUUUGGGUUUUGUUACAAAACUAACCAUUUGUAAUGAAAGACCAGUGAUCGGAAUACUGACACAAGAAGUUUAUUGGUCUAGUUUUAACAAUAUUAAACCAUCUAAUAACUCAUAUAUAGCUGCAUCUUAUGUUAAAGCAAUUGAAGCUUCUGGAGGACGAGUUGUACCAGUUUUCACCAACAGAACUACUGAAUAUUACAUUGAAGUAGUAAGAAAAGUUAAUGGCAUAUUGGUUCCAGGAGGAGGAUGUGCGUUUAAUAUUAGUUUUGGAAUAAGUCAAUCGACAAAUGAAAUUUUUCACAUUGCAAAACAUAUAAACAAUAUAAAUGAUCACUUUCCAAUUCUUGGAAUUUGUCUAGGAUUUGAACUUCUUUUAAUGGCAUCCAUAAAUGGAAAAUUUCCAUUUUCAAAAUGUAACGCUCAAAAUUUAAACUUACCUUUAACACUAGUACCAGAAAUGGAAGAAAAAAGUGUGUUAUUUAGCAACAUGCCUAAAGAUAUUCGAAACAUAUUACUUACAAAACCAGUCACAGCAAACCAUCAUAUUAAAUGUAUGAAAAAAACAAACUUUACGUCAAUGAAUUUGGAUAAAUUUUGGAAUUCUAUAACAAUAAAUAAUGAUUCAAAUAAUUCGACUUUCAUAUCCACAGUAGAAGCUAAAAAUUAUCCAUUUGUGGGAUUACAAUUUCAUCCAGAAAAAAAUGCCUAUGAAUGGAAAAAGAAUGACCCUCAUAGUUGGUCAGCAAUAUAUUCAGCACGUUAUUUUUAUGAUUGGUUUGUUAAUGAAUGUCGUAAAAAUAAUCACAGAUAUAUCAAAAAUAGUACACUAGAAAAUGAAUUAAUUUAUAAUUACCCUACUACAUAUGUAGGAAAAUUAAAUUCUGUUUUUGAAGAAGUAUACUUUUUUAGUGAAUAA